UAUUCAUUCUUCCUAUUUUUCAUUUAUCACUUUAAUUUCAGUUUCUUUGUAACAUUUUUUUUUCUUCUUAAGUUAUUAAAUUACAUUUUUUUAGAUAAUAAAUUAAUAAUUAUCUAUUUCAAUAAUAAAAUAAAUAAUGUAAUAUAAUAAAUUAAUAAUUAUAUAUUAAUUUUAAUAGUAAAAUAAAUUACAAAAUAUACUCUUUUCAAUCAUUUUACAUAUCAACAGGAAUAACUAUACAUAGUUUAUAUAAUAACAUAAAUUAACUAUAAUUAACUAUCAGCUAGCAGUUAUUAGCUAACAAAAACAUGUAUUAGCUAUCAGUUACGUUUAACAACUAAACUAAACAGGUCCUUAGUCUUGUUCAAGACUGUCCUGGUCAAAUUUGGGUCUGAUUAGUUCCACUCUGUACCCUAACCAAACCCAUAGACAUGGGAAUAUAGAUGAUCAGUAGCCAAAUUCGUGGAUGUGCUUUAUUGGCAGGUUUGAAUAGAUAUGUUUCAGAAUCAUGGAAUUUUUUUGUAUGCCACCCCCCAUCUUUUGUCAACUGCUUACUGCACGUUAAAUUGCCUAACAUCAUGAUAUGCCAAUUUGUCAUUUCUUUGCUGUAGCAGUUUAGUUGACAUUUGUUUCCCUCGAAGUAUUGAUUUGAAUUAUACUAGCAAAGCAUUUUAUGUAAACAUGUCUGCCUUUCUGGUUGUGUUAGUUGUGUUAGUCCAAAUUGCACGAGAUGCUUUUAAUGCCAGCUUAUCUUGGAUGUAUAAAUUUAUCAUUAAACCCGUUGAUUUACUAAAUACAGCUUUUGCAGUUGUGAUCCUUUCUGUAUGUAUGUCGUUGUUGCCUUGAUUCCUCCUCCAUUUGUUAACUUUUAUUUGUCAUGGAGGGUAGGAUGUUCUCCUUGGAGCGGGGCAAUUGGCAAGAUGUCUGUAACUAAUUAUUCUAGGCAGAUGCCAAAGGCCUUAGCUAAGAUUGUGUAAACCUAGUCUAAACUCAACCCAAUUUAUUAUUGGUCUAAUGUGAUAACACUAUAGCCAUUUUGUGAAUGGCUCUUGGAGAAUAAGUUUUGAUUAAAGUAUACUGUUAUCAAUAAAAUUAUAUUGGGAGGGAGAGGUUGAUAAUUUUAAGUUCAACUUUGAAAAUGGUAAAAAGGCAUGUGUCACGUUUCCCAAAAUAUUACGCAUUUCUCACUCUUCAACACCAUUGUUAAAAGAGUAAUCCGAAGCCAAAAAAAAAAAAAAAAAAAAAAUCUUUUCAACAACGGCUAUGAAAUAGAAACAUAAUCUUGGUGCCCAUUUCCCAAGUCCAAUUCAAAAACACUACUGUUAUCCAAGCCUCAUGAUAUGGCAGUAGAAAAGUUGUCCAUAUUGGCCGCUCUUCUCUUGUGAAUGAACAGCACCAAACGGUCUCAUUCUCCGAAGCCAAAACUCGUUUGAUCGAUGCUUUCAUUGUGCAACCUGAGUACGUAAAUCCACAAGUAGUUCUUGACAAUAUUCAAAAUCUAUAUAAUCAGCCUGGAUGGUGGAAAAUUUCCCUGAUGUGCAGGUACUGUUUGCUAAAGUGGGUAUGCUUUCUUAUGUUAAUUGGGUUUAAUUUUUUAAAUAAAUUGGUUGGGUUCAGUUUUUAUCAUUAAAAAAUUUAGUUAAUUCCAUUCAAUUUUUUUUUUCACCUUUAAAAAUGAGAAUGAGGAACCAUUUUUCCUUGAUUUUUCAGUCCUCGUUUUCUGUGAUAAUUGCCCGGCUGAUAAGAUUAUCUUUAGUAGUGAACUGCAUUGUCAUCUUGAAUUUCAAGGAGUCCCAAGAUAAAUUGUUGAAGCUGACAUUGGCUGUUACAAAUUGGCUUACUCGUUCCCUUUCAUUUCUUGGAAUAACCUUCCAGCAAACAUAUGCCAUUACAAUAUCACCUCUUUAGAGACAGUUGGAUAGAGGAUGCUGUCAAUGGUCUUGUGAGCAAAGAUGAACAAUGUCACUUCAUACCGAUAAUGAUGAGAUAGUGCAUGUGACAGUUUUUGGUUGGCAUCUUUCUUAGGCUUAGGUUCUCAAUGACUGUAAAAUUGAGUGAGUUUCACACUUUUUUUUUUAUGCAAAAAUAUCUAUUUUGCAACUAUUAGUUUAUUAAUCAUUCUAUACAUCGAAGUAGAGCUAUGUAAAAAUGGUGGGACAAAGAAGAACACCAAAAGUAAUGAUAUAACCAAAGCGCAUUAAAUUCCGAUUGGUUAUUAGAUUUGUUAUUCUAAAUCUAUAAUACACUACUUGAAUUACUGAGUAGUAUAUAUCCUUCGUUACAUACACAUACACACAUUCUUCAUAACAAUUUAAAAUGACAAUCAUUGAAGCCUCAUUGCCAUGAUCAGUAAUAUAUAAAUAAUAUAUGAAAUAUCAUUUUGAUUGCCUAGUGUUAGUAUCUUGUUUAUGUGGAGACAUUUGUGCAUCAAAUGGAUUGUUCUUCUGACAAGAUUGGAGGUCAAGGAAAGGGAAGGGAAACUAUGUUGGUGAUAAUGGCAGUAGGGAAACUUAAGUCUGUCUGUCUUAGUUUAUGUGUAAGCACUGUAUCCUAAUUGUUUCAUUUUCAUAUAAUAUUUGACCUUGGAUCGACUGUAGCCAUUGUUUUAUGUAAUUAAGUAACCUCAAUAAACCUAAAUUACUUGGCCCCCCAAAAGUUAAAUUCAAGAUAUUACUUGGAUGGGAGAGUGGGGCUUAUAUCUAGUUCUUGCUCUUGUAACCCACGUACCAAUGGAAUGCUUGACCUAGUGCGUUAUGAUAGGAAUGUGCCAAGUCUAACAUAUAGUGCACCUAGCAAGUCAAAAUUUGACAACUUUGUAGAGUGAUUAUUAUUUAAUCAUUACUAGCAAUUGGAUAUUCCAAGUGAUUUUAUUUACUCUUCAAAUUUAUUGGUAUUAAAAUUCAAAUAAGACAAAUAUAUAUAUUAAGAAAAGGAAAAGGAGUUCCUUCUUGAAGCACAAUGCAUGUGCGUAUUCCGCACAUAUUCAACUCUUAUCAACUUUAGCAAUUCCAGUUUGGACACUGUAUUAUCACCAUUUUUAAUUGCUGCCAUUAAAGAAUAAACAAAUGAUCUGUUCAAGCAUGCUAAAUAUCUACGACCACAAAUGAAUCCGUAACCAUAUGUCCAAUUUGUCAGAAUUCCUAAUACUGACAAAAUGUCCAUAAUCUAAUAUAAUUCAUGCAUGAUAUGAUCAUCAAGCACCCAAUUCAGUGGUUUCAAGAAGUCUAGCUUUUGUUAAGCAUUAGCUAGUGCUCUUAAAGCAUGUAUAAUAUUUUCCAUCCACAAGCAUUAGCCUAAUUGACAAAUGAAUUUAUUUUCUAUCUUAUUUAUUUAAAUACGGUGUUCAAAUCUCUUGAGGCCAAACUGAAAAGGUAUUUUGCUUCUUUGUGAAUUCUGUAGUUCAUAAUAGAUGGUCUACCUGAGAUCAUGCUAAAUUAAGAAUUAGGCUUAGAUAAUGCGUAAAAGUUUACCUGUAAUAUAUUCAUAUAUCAAUAAAUUUUUGUUCAAAUUCGAUCUAUCAUGGAUUCAAGAAACUAAAUGAAUAUAUGAUGGAACCUACUUAUUAAAUAUAUAUAAGAAUCCCGCAUAUGUCAAGAUCCAAAUAAAUAUUUAUAUUUUGGAUCCUUGAUGAACUUGGAUCUAGACAAGAAAAUUUCACAUCCAUACAUGAACUUGCAUUGAAAGAUUAAAUUACAUUUAAUCUGAUAACCACGAACCCAACUUUCCCUUCUUUCCCCUCUAUUGCUGAAGGAUAAGGGUCGGUAAUUUUAUAUGAUAAUAUGUUAGGUUUAUGCAAAUAGCAAGCUCUUAGUGCAGCUUUUUGCACACAGACAAGAAGCACUAUAGCUAGCUAUAGCCGCCAUACAUCACCAGCACUUAAAACAAACUCUGUUCAUUGUAUAUAAUUGGCUAUAAAUAGAGCCAACUCAAUGUGGUUUCUUUUGAGACAUGUGCCUUGAUUGUUUUGGGUUAGGAGAAUUAAUAUAUUGUAGUAGCCAUGAAGAGGUUAGCCAACUAUCAAUGUUUUACUUUGUUUAUGAGUGUUCUGAUGUUAUGUGUUGCUGUGAGAUCUCAACUCACUGCUGAUUUCUAUUCAAAAACUUGUCCUACACUUCCUCAAAUCGUGAGAAAAGUGGUUCAAAAUGCUAUCAAGGUUGAAAUGCGAAUGGCAGCCUCUUUGCUCCGCCUUCAUUUUCAUGAUUGCUUUGUCAAUGGUUGUGAUGGAUCAAUUUUGCUGGAUGGAACUGAUGUUGAGAAGUUCUCCGUGGCUAACAUUAACUCAGCAAGGGGAUUUGAAGUUGUGGACGCUAUAAAAUCUGCCGUGGAAAGUCAGUGUAGUGGAGUUGUAUCUUGUGCUGACAUACUAGCCCUAGCGGCCCGAGAUUCUACGCUCUUGAGUGGAGGGCCAUCAUGGAAAGUGCUCCUUGGAAGAAGAGAUGGGAUGGUGUCUAGCCAAGCGCAGGCAAAUCUUUCAUUGCCUUCUCCAUUUGAAGGACUAAAUGCAAUCAUUGCCAAGUUUGCUGCUGUUGGCCUCAACAUCACUGAUGUUGUGUCCUUAUCAGGUUCUCACACAAUUGGUCUAGCAAAAUGUGCCACCUUCAGCAAUAGGUUGUUCAACUUCUCAGGAACUGGAGCUCCUGACAGCACAUUGGAUUCAAAUAUGUUGUCUGAUCUGCAAAGCCUGUGUCCAGUGAACGGUGAUGGAAACAAGACCACAGCUUUUGAUCGAAACUCCACCGAUCUAUUUGAUAACCAUUAUUUCCAGAAUUUGAUAAACAAUAAGGGCCUGCUUGGUUCAGACCAAAUUCUAUAUUCAAGCAGUGAGGCUGUUUCCACAACCAAAAGUAUUGUUGAAAGCUACAGCAGUAACAGCAAGCUUUUCUUUAAUGAUUUUGCAAAUUCCAUGAUCAAAAUGGGGAAUAUUAGUCCACUCACAGGGUCUAGUGGAGAGAUCAGGAAGAACUGCAGAGUGGUUAAUUCUUAAAUUAUAUAUUGUACUUAACUAAUUAAAGGACCUAGGGUUUGAUAAAUAAGGAUCAAUACGUAGCAAAAGUUUGCUAUUUAAAUAUUGAUGUAUUGUGUGGUUCAUGAGUCAUGAGCCACUAGGUCUCUUCUUGUUAAUUACAAUGUGUUGGUUUGGUGUUGUUCAGGGCAUAAAUAGA